CGCAAUGUUUUUCUGUCGGAGCCGGAUUUCAGGCAGCGAGAGAGAAGGAGCAGAGGACAAGAGCAUUUGGAAAUAAUAGCACAGUCAGUGCAAAGAUGCUCCUUUCUGGGGAUUCGGGAAGGCUGGUGGGCUUUAUACAGAGGGAGGGUGCUGAUGUGAGUGUAUUCUGCGUUGGGGAUGUUGGUUGGGACGGCGACAUGCUGUUUGUUGUUUGAGAGGAGGGGCUAGUGUAGGUUUAUCUCCGCCCUUGGUCUCUCUCUCUCUCUCAGUGGUGUGUGUGUGUGUGUGUGUGUCUAUGGUCCUGCAGGGCUCCGCGUCAAUUACACUGAAACUGACAUCCCCCCCCCGCGUCAGUUACCCUGAAACUGACAUCCCCGGGCAGCGACCAAAGCCUCUCCCCUCUCCUUCGGGACUAUGUGUGUGGAGAAAGAAACAUCAGACUGCCCUCUCUCCGGCUCCUCGGACGAGAUCCGGAGCCUGAACGGUGCUCCCUCCGCCGUCAGCUCCGCCGCAGAUACACCGUUCAGUCCGGCGGAGAAAUUCCGGGCUCUGUACCGCCUGCGCCCGCACAUCGCCGCCGGGGUGCUCAGUUUCGGCUACGUGGUGAAUUAUAUGGACCGGUUCACAGUGGCAGGUGUACUGGCGGACAUUCAGAGACACUUUGGGGUCAGCGACAGUAAAUCCGGAUUGUUGCCUACAGUUUUCAUCUGCAGCUUCAUGGUGGCCACCCCGAUCUUUGGUUUCCUUGGUGACCGCUUCAACAGGAAGUUCAUUCUGAGCUGUGGGAUCUUUUUCUGGUCAGCAGUCACCCUGAUCAGCUCCUUCAUCACUAAGCCGAAUUUCUGGCUCUUCCUCAUCUCGAGAGGUCUGGUCGGGUUUGGUGAGGCCAGCUACUCCACAAUUGCUCCCACCAUCAUCGCUGACAUGUUUGCCAAAGACACCAGAACUUGUAUGCUGUCCUUCUUCUACUUUGCUAUUCCACUGGGAAGUGGACUUGGCUACAUUCUGGGAUCCUGUGUGACACAGGCAUCUGGAGACUGGCACUGGGCACUGCGGGUGACUCCAGCCAUGGGUUUUACUGCGGGGACCCUCAUCAUCCUAUUGGUCCCUGAGCCAAAGAGAGGAGCGGCAGAACAGCAGCUGGUGCAGCUCCGAGCCAGUACAUCCUGGACCAAAGACAUGAAGGCCGUGGUGAAAAUCCCAAGCUUUGUGUUCUCCACUCUGGCCUCAGCCUCUGUGUCCUUCGCCACCGGGGUGCUGGGCGUGUGGAUCCCGCUGUAUCUGUUCCGGGCAGAGGUCGUCCAGAAGAACAUCGAGCCGUGCACCGCGGAGCCCUGUAGUGGUAGGGACAGCUUGAUAUUCGGGGCGAUCACUUGUGUGACGGGAUUCCUUGGAUUGAUAGUAGGUGUCGCAGCCACGAGGUGGUACCGGACAAAAAGCUCCCGAGCUGAUCCGCUGGUCUGUGCGUUUGGAAUGCUCAGCUCAUCUAUAUUCAUCAGCCUCAUCUUUGUCUUUGCCCGGUUCAACAUCGUGGGAGCCUAUAUGUGUAUAUUUAUCGGAGAAACCCUCCUGUUUUUGAACUGGGCCAUCACGGCAGAUAUCCUCAUGUACGUUGUUAUUCCUACUCGUCGCUCGACCGCAGUGGCCUUGCAGAGUUUCACCUCUCACCUGCUCGGAGAUGCAGGCAGCCCUUAUUUAAUUGGUGUUAUCUCGGACGUGAUCAGACACAGUAAGCCUGAUUUGGAUCUGUGGGAGUUCCUCAGUCUGGGCUAUGCUCUGAUGCUGUGCCCCUUUAUCAUUGUCCUGGGAGGGACCUUCUUCUUGGCCACAGCCCAUUUCAUUGUGCAGGACCGUAACAGAGCACACCAACAGGUGGAAGAGAUGAGGCUGGUUUCUGUGAAAGUUUGAGAAAGGAGUUAUGGAUGGAGCGGGUGAAAAUGUCUCAAAUUGGUGACAUUUUGCCUUCAAAUGGCCAUGCAGUUUCUCGUCACCGUGUGACUGGACCUUCCGUAGCGAGGAAUCUCUCAAGCGAGGAAUGGCAUAACUUCCUCAAGGCACCCAAUUGUAUGGAACCUCUCCUCCAGUCAGACAUGACUCUCAGUUCCCUGCUCCUUGCAGAAAUCCCUGCGGAAGAGCAAAAUCUUAGUUGGUCUCUGCUUUUUGUUUGUCUCCCCCACUGGGUUGUGUGUCAAGGGCUGACCUCAAAGCUUGCAGCCAACAUUCCCAGCUCCAGCCAAGGAAAAUGCUCCAACCUCUGCUUUGGCAAGGUGGGGGGCUGGGUUCGAUCUACACAAGGCUUCAAGCAGCUUCUGAGACAUUGAAAAUCAUCCCUAUCAUUUAAUGCUGAGGUUCAGAAUUGUCACUUGGAUGUGACUAAAGCCUGGUUGGAGGAAUGGGUGAAGUCUCCUCUGAGACUACAACAUGGGAAACAGUCAAUGGGGGAGAUAUUGCCUUUAAAUGAGACAGAGCACUUUGAGCUGUUCUAAAGUUGGAUGCUGUUAUUCUGUUACUUUUAGAGGCAGUAUUAUAUAUAUAUAUAUAUAUGAACUAGUGAAUUGAAUUUCACCUUUUAAGCUGUAUUGGAUUGUGAUUUAUUUUUGUACUUAUGCCAGUGAUAUGCAAAUAGCAAAGUAACCACUGGCUUAUGGAUAUGCACUAAAAAACCCCUGAAGUGAAGCAAGAUGUUCCAAACGAUCCAAAACGUUUUCCUUCUGCACCUACUUUCUAAGCUUAUAUCAUGUUAAGGCCAAUGAAAAGGUCAAGGACUGAGGGAUGAAAAGUGAUAGGUGCCAGUGUCUAAACUCCUUUUGGAUAUUGCAACAAAUCUACCAUUUUCAAGAAAGUCCCAGUAAGUCAUUUCUAGCCAGUCCUCAACUCUCUGCUCAUAAAGCGCAAGUGAUGAAUUCACAAACAGAAACUGGCUUGGGCAUUUCUCAACAAUUCCCUCUCCGUGCCUCUCACAAAAUCUCUUUGCCCAGGCAACCAUCUCUCAAGUUCCCCAUUUGCAAUCUAUUUCCCUAGGGAAGUCCUUGUUUUCACCCAGUGAGUGUGGAAUGCACUGCCUGGAAAUGUGGAGGAGGCAGGUUCAAUUCAAGAGGCCACUUUUUACUUUAAAUAAAUACCCAAUGUGCAGGACAUUGGCUGAAAAUUGUAAUGCUAUGAGAGGUGGUGCAGACAUGAUGGACUGAACAGUCUCCUUGUGCACCACAAGUGUUAUUCAAUACUUCUUACAUGUAGCAUCCCCAGAAGAUGCCAUUGUACUCAAACUGUCCUCAAGGCAAAGGAAACAAAGCCCACUUACAGCCAGUCAAGAGUCAAUUGGACACUAGUCAAUGCUGCAGCUUAAACCAGGGAAUUCCCAUGCUUUGUGGCCAGGUAUUGCACUGGCUAUUGAUUCAUUGCAACAGAUUAAGAACAUUAGGCCAAGUUCGAUUAUGUAACAGGACUUAUUUUGUUACAGACAAACAAGCAAAAACAAUUAGAGGUAAAUAUUUUUCAAUGUACAUUAGAACUAAGCUCUUAGCUGAAGAUAGAAUUGCAGUGUAAUGCUACCAUGAUGACACGUGUAUUAGAAUCAUCCAAUUUCCUUUGCAAAGUAGCUGUCUUUUUGAAAAAUUUCCCAGUUGCCUCUCAAUGCUUCCUUCCUCAAGUGUCUCCUGUUAACCAUUUCCCACUGACUUCAUGGGCUUGGAUGGUUUUGAAGAUUCCCAGGUAGUUCAGGCAUGCACAGGUAUGUGCACCAGAGGUAUGCGCCCAUUAACUGUAACAUCCAGAAAUGAUGUGUAUGCAAAAGCAGGUCACUAAAAUAACUUACCAGAGAAACUGGCCUCUCUGGAAUGUACUAGUCACAUGAAUUGCUGCUGUUUCUCAUACACUGGGUGUUAACUGGUAGACAAACCUUGUUGUACUUUUACACAUUGAGUCACUUUGUGAUGUUACCAUAGUAACAGCAGUCUCUUAGUAAAAUUAAAAAGUGGCAGAUGUGAGAGUCAACCAGGAUGCUGUAUAAAAAAGUCCCUUUGGCAACAUUUACCUCAGACCACUUUGAAACUCUGCACAGCUUCUUAAUUAGCUAUAAUAGCACCUUCUAAACUCAUAACCAAGGUCAUCUGGAUGGACACAGGCAACAGAUACAUGGGAACAACAUGACCAGCAAGUUCCCUUUUAAUCCACUCACCAUCCUGACUUGGAAAUAUAUCUCCCUCCCUUCAAAAUCCUAGAAUUCCCUCCCUCAGGGCAUUGUGGGUCAACCUACAGCACAUGGACUGCAGCAGUUCAAGAAUUCAGCUCACCAACAGCUUCUCAAGGGGCAACUAGGGAUGGGCAAUAAAUGAUAGUCCAGCCUGUGCAUGGGAUAAAAGGAACAAUAACCUGUGAAUCUACCCUACGAGGUUAUCACUAUCCCAUGUCUCGUUCAACACCACCAGGGGCUUUAAACCCACCAAAGGGCAAUAUAGACCAAAUUUUGUCAAACACUUGUUGAAAGUUUAACUAAUUCUCAGAAUAUGUCAGAAAAUUCUAGGGUAUUGAAGUGAAUAGAAUCACGUCACUUGUGACAGUGAAAUACCGACUAGGGAGAAGGCACCAGUGAAUCCAUCACUUGCACUCAAAGAGCUAAAAGUGAUACUCUUUAAUAUGAAUGAAAGGGGUGCGACAUAUAACUUGCAUUGAGUUUGGCCUCGGGUCUUCUAGAGAAUGUGCAACUUUUUAAAAAAUGAUUAUUUGAUAGGUUAUUCGGAUAAGCAGGUAACUGAAGGUCCAUGAAGCUGUGAAAUACUUGGCAGCUGGGAUAAGUUGAAAACUUACAGGGUGUGACAGUCAAUCAACAGUUUCAGAAGCUUCUUAAAAAUUCAUAUCACAAUGGCCCAACAAACUAAUAAAAGAUGCAGGAAAAAUAUAGUUUAGGUGCCAUAUUAAAAGCUUGGGCUGUGCAACACAAGCUGUGAACCAGAGACAUUGCCAUGGCCACAGUGUUUCAAUCCCAUGCCCCAAGUGUGGUAUAAAAUGAUGUACAUUAUACAAACAAAAGCAUUUCACAUGUGGAUAUUUGCUUACAUCUUAAGAAAACUGACAGUUUCCAAACAAGUGCACAAAAAGACCAAAGGUUCAUAGGUGGCCACCAUGCUGAAUGCCUGGAGAGAUCAUCUAACCAAUAAAAUGUCUUAAUUACAAUUAAUUACAAUUAAAAUUGCAAUUAGUGGCUAACGUGAUAGACAACAGAGCUAAACCAGUCAGACAGCCAGUUUCAUUAAAGGAAGCUUCAGAUCAAUUUCAAGUUGUGGGUUAUGAUUUUAUAUAGUGUGAUGUGAAUGUUUGAAAUUACUAACAAGGGAGGUGGUUUUCCAUCCCAGUUAUCAUCGCAAUACUCAAACCUAUAUAAGGAAUUAAGUUCAGAAUUUACCAAUAUAGAAAUUAAAUAUACUAUCUAUUGCCAAAAGCGAUUCGUUCAUUGAAAAGACUCCCAUUUGCUGCUGCCUGAUAUUCUCAGUAACUGAACCAUAUACGAUGGUUGAUUGUGUGUUGAAUCUUAUUUUUUGCGUAAUAUGCAUUUGUUCCUGUAUAAGUUCCAUCCGCACUGUUCAAGUGUUUGUCACUUCUUGUCAAACAAGAACUUUUUUCUAAAAGAAAAUCUAUUUUAUCUGAUUAUUCCAGAUAUAUUUUAUUGUUUAAAGCCAAAGUAUAUAAAUUAUACACAAGAAUAUAGCUCAAAUGUAUCUACAAAUCAUGUAAAUUAAUAAACUAUUUGAAUGCAGUGUUCU